AUGGCCGCCCUCAAUGGGCACCCCAGCGACAAUAUCCUGGACCUCCUUCCACCGCGGCGGUCCAGGAUGGUUGCCAACGCGUGGGAACCGCUGCACAUGCUUGACGAGCCUGUACCACCGCCCCCGGACACGCGCGAAGCCGAACUCGCUGCUCUCGCCGCGCAGGAGAAGCUUGGUCACGAUGGCAAACGACAACGACUCAGGGCGAGGCGGACGGUUGAUCCGUUUGGUGGUCUGGAGAGGUGGAAAAUGGUCAGUUGCUGAUGGAGCGGCGGCAGUCUCUGUGCAGAGCGCGGUGAGUCUCGCACGUUUCAUGACUGACUCCGGCAGUUCUCCCUCGCAGUUCCGUACGAUGGCUACUUCCCAAAACGACCAACUCGUCAUUCGACAGAGUCCUGCAUUCCUCAUCAACGUGAGCCCAGCUCCAUGCCCGGCGAACCCCGUAGCGGCGAGCCAUGAACUGACUCGGCCGCGCUUGUCUCUCAGCUUCUCCCACCGCAAGCCUACUCGAACUACUCGUACUCGUACUGCACACGCUACUCCCACACCUCGACCAACAAGAUCAGGUGUCCUGUCAACGUCGUCAAGGUGAGCGGCAUCUUCAAAUGACGCGCCGGGAUGGGACCGUGUUGCUAACAAACGCUCCGUGUGCAGUGGACACCUGAUGCAAGACGAAUUCUCACCGGCUCGACCUCGGGCGAAUUUACCUUAUGGAAUGGUCUCACAUUCAACUUUGAGACCAUCUUGCAGGUGUGCAACAUCUCAUUUCACAAACGAGCAAGCACUCUUGCAGACGGCAACGCUGACACCAUAGGGACCCUAACUUGUCCGUAGGCACACGACUCGGCUGUCCGAGCCAUGGAAUGGUCACAUUCAGGCCAAUGGCUCGUCUCCACCGACAACAACGGUAUCAUCAAGUACUUCCAAGCCAACAUGAACAACCUCCAAGUCUUCCAGGGCCACAACGAAUCGAUCCGCGACAUUUCCUGGGCACCGAACGACUUGCGCUUCGCGACCGGCGCCGAUGACGGAACGAUCAAAUUGUGGAACUUUGAAAUGAUGAAGGAGGAAAAGACGCUUACCGGUCACGGCUGGGACGUCAAGUGCGUCAAGUGGCAUCCGACCAAGGGGUUGAUCGUCUCGGGCAGCAAGGACAAUCUCGUCAAGUUUUGGGAUCCGAGAUCGUCGCAGGUCUUGACGACCUUGUCAGUUUGAGACCUGUAUAGCAAAACUUACACUGUUCAAGUGCUGACCAACUUCCACGAUCUUCCAUCAACAGACAUGGACACAAGAACACGGUCCAGGCCCUGGCAUGGAGUCCGAACGGGAAUUACGUUGCGACAGCAUCGCGCGACCAGCUCGUCAAGGUAUUCGAUAUUCGUAUGAUGAAAGAGCUUGUCACAUUGCGAGGGCACAAGAAGGAGGUUUGCUGUGAGUUAAGGCUGCGUUCGAGCACGAGGUUUCCUUUGCACUCGAAGCUGAGUUCGCAUGGAAUCCGGUCCCGUCUACGCAGCCCUCGCAUGGCACCCCGUUCAUGAUGACCUCCUCGUUUCGGGUGGUUCGGAAGGCUCGAUCAUUCAUUGGUGCAUGCCCGAUGCCACACCCAAAGAUGUCGUCGAGUUCGCACAUGACUCAAACGUCUGGGGCCUCGCAUUCCACCCCCUCGGCCACAUCCUCGUCAGUGCCGGCAACGAUCACACGACUCGUUUCUGGUCCCGCGGACGACCGGCGCUCAAGAUUGCGAAUGAUCGGUUCCAUGUUGGAAGGGAUAAGGCGAGGGAGAUGGGCCAGGCUGAGCAGGAGGAACAGGACGAUGACGAUUUCCUCCCUGGCUUCUCCAACAAUCGGAAUGGAGGUGGGGCAGGGUACGGGGGAGGAGGUGGAGGCGGAGGGUAUCAGCAAGGGGGUGGUAUCAGGCCACCGCAACCCAUGUUCAACAACCCGGCGGGUUUGGGAGACGGGAUGAUGGGAUCGAUCCCCGGGUUCGGAGGCGAUGCGGUACCGGGCUUCGGUGGACCACCUCCAAACGCGGGUGGGGGAGGGUAUCAACGCAAUUAUGGCCAGGUACAGAACGGAUACGGUGGAUACGGUGGAGGCCAAGGUAUUCGGAGAGGCAAUGCGUUGCCUUCUCAGCAGGAUGCGCUGGACCGGUACGGAGGCCGAGGUGGUGGGGACGGGCAAGGACGAGGGCGGGGAAGAGGGCGGGGCGGUGGGAGAGGCGGUGGAGGAGGUCGGGGUCGACCGUAUUGA